UGGGUUAGCUGUGUGUCGACUACUCGACUCAGUCUUAGUUCUCCAAUAUAUCAACACGGCUUUUGUCCCAAUCGUCUUCUCGUGCAUCAAGUGGAGUGACAAGUUGAAUAACUUUUCGUUUCUCCAAAUUUUUCUGGCUUUCAAACUAUGGAUAUAGAACAGCUGACGAAAGCAGUCGAAAGAGAAUACAAUCGUCUGAAAGACCUUGAAAAACGUGAAGCUAUUCAACUCGUAAAGGAAUGUUUAGUUUCUAAUCGUCAAAAAAUCAAUCAUCAACUUGAUGAAAAAGAUAAUGUGCGAAAGAAAGCAAAAUCCUUAAAACCAGUUAGUUUUGCUCCCAUCACUGGACAUAUGCAAACUACAAGAAAGGCAUGUGUAAAAUCUGGAGGUGCGUUUCCGCCUCAAUACACCUGUCUUCGCGUUCUAUAUUCUGUAUCUCCUAUACCGCCAUUUUUCACAUGGGUAUCAUUACAACAUAACUACAUGGUAGAAGAUGAAACAGUAUUACAUAAUAUUCCUUAUAUGGGGGAAGAGGUUCUUGAUCAGGAUGGCACUUUCAUAGAAGAAUUAAUAAAGAAUUACGAUGGCAAAGUUCAUAGAACACCAGAUCAUGUUAUUGAUGAUGGUAGUUUAACUGACAACAUGUUGUAUGAGAUUAUCUCUAAUGUGACAAAAUCCAAAGAUUUAUCAAACUGUUUGUCUACUGAUACUGAAAACAAAGAGACUGGUACAGUUAAAAUGAGCAACAAUGAUAUGCCAGGGGAUGAAAUAUUUCGUGUAAUUUUGAACUUGUGUCCUGGAAAAGGAUGGACAUUGGAUGAUAUCAAAACUAGGUACAAAGAAACUAAACAACGUAUAACUGGAUCUGUCUCUUUACAGCAAUGUACCCCAGAUAUAGACAGCAACGAAGCUCAGUCUACAUCAAGAGAACAAACAAUGCACUCGUUUCAUAUGUUGUUCUGUCGACGAUGUUUUAAAUAUGAUUGUGUACUUCAUGCUUGGAAACCUUUACCGACUCAAGCCAGACGUAAGAACUGUGAAGACAGUCAAGAGAUAUCACCUUGUAGUGAGACAUGCUUCAUGUACAUCAAAGAGGAGAACAGAAAGCGACCCUUAUAUGAUGAAGCAAGUUUUUGGGACGGUGCGGAAAGUUCGUUGUAUCGUGUUCUCAGACCAGUUUAUCAAAGUCAUUUUUGUACAAUAUCAAAAUUGAUCAAGACCAAGACUUGUUUUGAGGUAUACCAACAUUCUUUGCAUGAAGGCCAAGAGGAAGAUCCUGUCCCAGAAUUCGAAGACGCCAACCAAAAAGCAAAGAAGAAACGCAAGCACAGAAUGUGGUCAUUGCACUGUCGAAAGAUACAGUUAAAGAAAGAUAGUGCAAACAAUCACGUGUACAAUUAUGUUCCAUGCGACCAUCCUGGCCUGCAAUGUGACCAAUCAUGUAUCUGUAUCGCCACACAAAAUUUCUGUGAAAAGUUUUGCCAGUGCAGUCCUGACUGUCAGAACCGUUUUCCUGGUUGUCGAUGUAAAGCGCAGUGUGUAACAAAACAAUGUCCGUGCUUCCUUGCCGUACGUGAGUGUGACCCAGACCUCUGUCGUACAUGCGGUGCAGAUAACUUUACUAGCGACAUGAUGUGUUGUAAAAAUGUUGGUUUACAGCGUGGAGAUAGAAAGCACAUGUAUUUCGCUCCGUCUGACGUCGCUGGCUGGGGUGUUUUCAUAAAAGAUUCGUGUCAAAAAAAUGAAUUGAUUGGUGAAUAUUGUGGAGAGAUGAUUUCACAAGAUGAAGCGGACAGAAGAGGAAAAGUCUACGAUAAAUAUAUGUGCAGCUUUCUAUUCAACUUGAAUAACGAUCAUGUUGUGGAUGCAACCAGAAAAGGAAAUAAAAUGAGAUUUGCCAACCAUUCUAUAAAUCCCAACUGUUAUGCAAAAGUCAUGAUGGUGAAUGGGGAUCAUCGCAUCGGGAUUUUUGCUAAAAGAUUCAUUGAAGCUGGAGAGGAACUUUUCUUUGAUUACAGGUAUAGUGCAAUGGAUGCUUUGAAAUUUGUUAGUAUUGAACGAGACGUGGAUGUGACUUUACGGUAAGAACACCCGAGGGCCAAAAGAGUCGAGGUCAAGCAACCACAUAAACGAGGUUAGGUCUUUUCACUGAUUGAUGGCGCCUUGAUGUCGAUGGUUUUAGAAAAUUUAAAAUUGCUUCUUGAUUGACAUAACUCAGCUUUGGUAUUUGUGUUUAUUUAUGUCAUAAAUAUUCCUUUUAACACUUAUGACGUCAUCAAAGUUGUCUGUCUGUGAUCCUAACGUGACAUACUGUUCAUUUUUUCAUUUAUCUAAAUUUAUAAUUUACUUUUUUGCAAAAGAAUGAUUUUUUUGAAAUUUUGA